AAAAUGUCUUUCCGUGAUCUGAUAAUCAAAUAUCGUCAAAACCGUAAAGUACUUUUAAUGAUUGUUUAUAUAGCGUUACUGCUCGACAAUAUGUUGCUUACUACAGUUGUAAGUCACACCACAACAACGGAGUUACCUUCAACUACCGAAGAAUUUACUGAAAUUCCGCCAAUGACAACUGAAACAGCAGAGGAAGCUGAAGAAGAAAUAGCUGCGGAACGGCACGAUACAAUAACUAAAGAAAAUGUUCAAGUUGGCCUCAUGUUCGGUUCCAAAGCUCUUGUGCAACUGUUGACUAAUCCUUGGGUUGGACCAUUGACAAACCGGAUUGGUUAUACUAUACCUAUGUUUGCUGGUUUUAUAAUUGUAUUUCUUUCAACAUUAAUGUUCGCUUUUGGCACAUCACUUGGUAUGCUGUGGUUAGCAAGGGCAUUGCAAGGCGUUGGUUCUGCGUGUACUAGUACAUCUGGGAUGGGUAUGUUAGCUCAAGCUUAUCCGGAUGAUAUGGAGAGAGGCAGCGUAAUGGGUAUCGCAUUGGGUGGUAUAGCGUUAGGCGUUCUUAUUGGACCGCCGUAUGGCGGAGCGCUGUAUCAGUUAUCCGGAAAAGAACUGCCAUUUGUUCUGCUCGCACUAUUGGCACUUUUUGACGGAACCUUACAGUUUCUGGUACUUCAACCACGAGUUGAUCGAGGUGAACCGGAAGGUACUUCGUUAAAGGAACUGAUUAAAGAUCCUUAUAUUAUUAUAGCUGCUGGUGCAAUAACUAUUGGCAAUCUUGGUAUCGGAAUGCUAGAACCAUCACUACCGUUAUGGAUGAUGGAAACAUGGAAAGCUGGAUCAUUUGAACGUGGGGCAGCAUUUAUUCCAGCUAGUGUAUCGUAUUUACUGGGAACGAACAUCUUUGGUUCAUUGGCUCACAGAAUUGGAAGAUGGCUUACAGCUCUUAUUGGUCUUGUUAUUAUCGGAAUAUGUCUUCUAGCUAUUCCAUCUGCUCGAAGUGUUGGUGGUUUAAUUAUACCAAAUUUUUGCAUGGGUUUAUCAAUCGGUAUGAUAGAUUCUUCAAUGUUCCCGCUAAUGGGGUAUUUAGUCGAUAUUCGACAUGUUGGGGUCUAUGGUUCUAUUUAUGCGAUGUCUGAUGCAGCAUUCUGUUUUGCUUUCACUCUUGGGCCAUUCUUUUCUGGACCGCUGGUUCGAAACUUCGGUUUUCCGACAAUGAUGUACCUGAUUGCUGUUAUCAAUUUUUUAUACGCGCCACUGAUGUUCUUUCUGAAGAAUCCACCAGCAUUAAAUAUUCUGAACGAAGUCAUUAUAUAUUCACUUUUUUUUUUCUUCAAUAACACUUUGGUUUAA